CGUCUUUGCAACAUUAUUAUUCUCUCACAGUGAGAUCUUUGGAAAACGAAAGCGGGAUUUAGCUUUAGCAGCUUCCACCGUCUUCAAGUCAACAUGAGUAAGCCAAUGGACGAGGAUACCAACCAGGGAAAGACUGAGGAGGAGUUCAACACUGGACCACUCUCUGUUCUUAUGAUGAGUGUUAAGAACAACACUCAGGUCUUGAUCAAUUGCCGUAACAACAGGAAACUCCUUGGGCGAGUUAGAGCGUUUGACAGGCACUGCAACAUGGUUCUUGAAAAUGUCAGAGAGAUGUGGACUGAGGUCCCAAAAACCGGUAAAGGAAAGAAGAAAGCGCUUCCUGUCAACAGAGAUCGAUUCAUCAGCAAGAUGUUCCUGCGUGGAGACUCUGUCAUUAUCGUCCUCAGGAACCCCAAGUGAGAGAGUAAUUGAGAUGGCUGGCUCGUCGUUGUUCUUCAUAUGAUAAUUCUCGCUUCUUCUUGUUAAAUUCUAACUGUUGCUUCAACGGAUAAAACAUGUUUUGAUCAUGAGCCUUAAAAUCUAGAAAAAUACUUAGAUUCACUCUUAGAGGUGAACCUCUCCA